AUGAUCGUCUUCUUCCUCUGCAUUACUUUGAACUCUGUUCUGGUUUCAGGUUCCUCACUCAGUGACAAAGUCGACCAAACUCCAGCUGACAUAUAUAAAGAACAAGGACAAACAGCCAUAAUCUACUGUUCACAUAAAAUAGACAACUAUGAUAAAAUCCUCUGGUACAAGCAAUUAAAUGGACAACUACAGUACCUGGGAUACCUGAAUGUAAACACUGGAUAUCCUGAAGAUGGACUGAAUGUGACCAUAGAAGGAGAUGGAAAUAAGGACAAGAACUCCACAUUAACAAUCAAGAGUCUCAGUGAGAGCAGCAGUGCAGUUUACUUCUGUGCUGCUAAUUACCACAGUUACGAAGCUUAUUUCGGCCAGGGAACUAAACUGACUGUUCUCGGUGAUGAGGUCAAACCACCAACAGUAACAAUAUUUCCACCUUCGCCAAACGAGUGCAGAAACCAGAAGGACAAGAAAUUAAGGAAGAAGACCCUGGUCUGUGUGGCUUCCGGUUUCUACCCCGACCAUGUUGGAGUCGUGUGGAAAAUCAACGGGAACGAGGCCAAGGAUGGCGUGGCGACGGACAGCGCUGCCACGAGGGUCGACAAGUUCUACAGAAUCACCAGCAGACUGAGAGUCCCUGCUAAAGAUUACCACACAGCCAGCAACACAUUCACCUGCAUUGUCAACUUCUAUGAUGGAAACGACACAAUACCUUAUGAUAACUCCACUUACGGCAUUGAAGGUAAAGCAGAGGGAGGCAUAACACGAGAGAAAUAUCUGAAGGUCACACAAGGUGCCAAACUCUCCUACGUUGUUGUGAUCAUCAAGAGCUGCUUCUACGGCGUCUUCGUCGCGUUUUUGGUGUGGAAGCUUCAGGGUUCAGCCAGGAAACACCACUGAGAGCUGAGCUGAUACCCGACAUGGAUCGUCUUUGUGUAAAUAAAACACCGCAGCACAUUGUUGUAUUCAUAUAUAAAUGAGCCAAUUCAAUCAAGCUAACAAUAUAUAGUUUUAUGCAUAUUCAAUAGUAAAGCUACUGUAUGACUGAUGUUUUUGUGUGUGCACUGAAUGCUUCACUUUCCUCUCAAUAAACGCAUGUAAAAAGAG